GACUAUGGCUUCUGCAGCAGCAGAGGCGGAGAAGGGGUCUCCGGUUGUGGUGGGGCUGCUGGUCCUGGGCAACAUCAUUAUUCUGCUGUCAGGACUGGCCCUGUUUGCUGAGACGGUAUGGGUGACAGCCGACCAGUACCGUGUGUACCCACUGAUGGGUGUCUCAGGCAAAGAUGAUGUCUUCACUGGUGCCUGGAUCGCCAUCUUCUGUGGCUUCUCCUUCUUCGUGGUGGCUAGCUUUGGUGUGGGCGCAGUGCUCUGCCACCGCCGGUCCAUGAUUCUCACGUAUCUGGUGCUGAUGCUCAUCAUCUACAUCUUUGAAUGCGCCUCCUGUAUCACGUCCUACACCCACAGAGACUAUAUGGUGUCCAACCCGUCCCUGAUCACCAAGCAGAUGCUGACCUUCUACAGUGCAGACACAGACCAGGGCCAGGAACUGACCCGCCUCUGGGACCGCAUCAUGAUUGAGCAAGAAUGCUGUGGCACAUCUGGCCCCAUGGACUGGGUGAACUUCACAUCAGCCUUCCGGGUGGCCACUCCGGAGGUGAUGUUCCCCUGGCCCCCACUGUGCUGUCGCAGGACGGGAAACUUCAUCCCCAUCAAUGAAGAGGGCUGCCGCCUGGGCCACGUGGACUACCUAUUCACCAAGGGCUGCUUCGAACACAUCGGCCAUGCCAUCGACAGCUACACAUGGGGCAUCUCAUGGUUUGGCUUUGCCAUCCUGAUGUGGACGCUCCCAGUGAUGCUGAUAGCCAUGUAUUUCUACACCACACUCUGAGCAACAAGAAGGGAAAACCACGUACACACCUUGCCCUCCUGGCCUCCUGCUCCUGCUUCCUCCAGCUGGAGCCUGGAGGUCACCUCACCUCUCCCCUUCCCACCUCCCUCACCCUUCCCUCCAUCCAUUCCCAAGAUCUUAUUCCAGGUCCCUGAGUCCUACAGGGCCUUGAGUGUGCCCUGAAACCCUCAGACUUGCAUGCAUGGACCCUUAGCCC